AUGGAUGAAGAGUCUGAACCCAACUCAGAGGAUUUCAACUUCUGGCUUGCUAUCUGCGCCAUACUAACUUUCCUCUGUUACACUCUCUUCGGUGUCCUGAUCUUCCUCCUCCGGCGCACCAUCAACGAUGUAUUUAGGGAGCUUUUACAUACCAAAACCUUCAAGCCCUCCAUCGAAACCGUUUCCCCACUUACCAACUUCGCGGCUAUUACCAAGGUCACCCAUAAGGAGACUGAGGGAUCUCUAAGUCUCUCUUUAUCCCUUCGUAAGAGCGUCUCCAUGUUCCUCCUUCGCAAUGUUCCAUUGAUUACCUUUCACAAUGCCAUGCUUGCACCUACUACUGAGCUUUUGCGAUUUCUACGAGAUACAGCCGCCGAGGAAGUCUCUAUUGAUAAUCAGAACAUUUCCGUGAGGACUAAUGAGGAGCAAGUCAAUAUUAACGAGUUUCGACGUUCGUAUGACCUCGUAUUCGCUUUCCUUGAUGAGGAUGCUCUAGAAGGUAAAACGCAAGACGAGCAGGUAGUUUUAUCUCUCUAUAUCGUUCACGUGAAACAACAUCAGGAGGAGCGCAGACCGACGCAAAUUCUCUACUCUUACUGCAAAACUAAUCAUGAUCGACUCAUCUGUAUUCAAAAAUUGUUUACGAAUGGAAGUGAAAACGGGGAUGGGGAGCAGAAGAGAUGGCCAGACUGCGUUAUUUGUUUGGCGGAGGGCACAGCCGAUGUCGUCUUCGUGCCCUGUCGACACGUGGCAAUGUGUAAAAAGUGUCUCCCUAGUUUUCAGGCCUCCUCCCAAUGCCUUCACUGUCCGCUGUGCAGAGUUGAGAUGCUUCUGUGGAGUUGGUGGGCGUCUCUGCUGGGUGGGGUCUCCCAUCUCCUACAAACUAAAUUGAUCAGUCUGGAAGUGUUUGAUUCAGCUGUAGUUGAAGUGCUAGAAUUCACUCAAACACUUUUUUAUUACUAUGGUGAGGUUAUGUUACAGAUGAUCACCAAAGGUGAUUACCGCUUCUAUAGCCCUUCCGUUGUAAGUCAACGCGGAUCUAACCGCUCGCAGGAGUUCCAGAGCCAGUUCCGAAGGCGUUGUGGGACGAGUGAGCCUGGACAGAAGGAGGUAAAGGUCGUUGAGUGUGUCCUUCCAGUGCAACGCCACGUUGCUUCUGAAGACGACACUAGAAGUAUGAGUGUAAAAUCAACCGUCAUUGACGUGCAGAAGGCCUGA